CACUGCGACGACAGCGCGUCGUUGAUGACCGCGUCUGAUAUUGAUUGACUGCCACCACCAAGACAUGGACUUGGGGUGACAUCCAACCACCAAUCCACAAAAUGGCUGGCCCAACACGACCCCCCGACAAGAAACAGGCCUCGAUCUCGAGCUUCUUUACCCCACGAAACACCAGUCCCUUGGUCAACCUCAGCCAGAACGCCACCAAGAAGGCACCACCAGCCGAGCCUAAACCAUCAAAGUCGACAUCCUCGAGGAAACGACCAGAACCCCAAAACGACGACAGCGAAGAUGAUGCUCCCAGAGAUGCCAAACGGCGCAAGUCGAAUGGCCCAUCAGCAACAAAGGAUACCGAAGACGCCGUUGCCUCCCUGAAACUCUCCUCCUCCCGAACAGAACGGUACGCUCUUAACUCGAGCCGGCCUUCCCAAGACGAAGAAGAGAACGAAGAAGAUGCUGCCGAACGCAAAAAGAAAGAAGAACUUCACCGAAAGUUCGUCAAGAAACUUGGCCAUCCCGAUAGCAUGUUCAACUACAGGCGACGGGACACCGAGUCUGCUGCUGUUGAAGGCGAAGGCGAGGAGGGCGAAGACGACGAAGAUGAACCAGCACCCAAGACCACCACCAAAAAGAAGGGGGCAAAGACGGGCAAGCUCACUCCCAUGGAGUUACAGUUCCUGGAAAUAAAGAGAAAACAUAUGGAUACUCUUUUGAUCGUCGAGGUUGGGUACAAGUUCCGCUUCUUUGGCGAAGACGCCCGCAUAGCGGCCAGGGAACUGAGCAUCGUCUGCAUACCGGGCAAAUUUCGGUACGAUGAACACCCUUCCGAAGCCCAUCUCGACCGCUUUGCUUCGGCAAGCAUACCGGUUCAUCGUCUACCUGUACAUGCCAAGCGUCUGGUCGCCGCCGGCCACAAGGUCGGAGUGGGCACCUACAUCGAUGAGACGGGCGAGUUGGACCAGCCGGGCGAGACUACGGGUGCUUCUUCUGGUGGCUACCUGCUUUGUCUGACGGAAACCCCAGCAAAGGGCAUGGGAACCGACGAAAAGGUCAAUGUCGGCAUCAUUGCCGUCCAACCCGCUACUGGCGACAUCAUCUACGACGAGUUUGAAGAUGGCUUCAUGCGUCGGGAGAUCGAGACACGACUGCUCCAUAUUUCUCCCUGCGAGUUUCUCAUCGUGGGCGAUCUCAGCAAAGCCACUGAUAAACUCAUCCAACACCUCUCCGGCAGCAGCACCAAUGUGUUUGGUGACAAGAGCCGUGUGGAGAGGGUCCCCAAGAGUAAGACCAUGGCAGCUGAGGCCUACUCGCACGUCACGGAUUUCUACGCCGGCAAGGCCAAGGACAGUGAUGAACGCUCAGCAGCUCUACUCGACAAGGUGCUAAAGCUCCCAGAAGCCGUGAUGAUCUGUCUCUCGGCCAUGAUCACCCAUCUGACCGAGUACGGCCUGCAACACAUCUUCGAUUUGACCAAAUACUUCCAAUCGUUCAGCACGCGCCAACACAUGCUCAUCAACGGCACCACUCUCGAGUCCCUCGAAGUGUACCGUAACGCCACCGACCAGUCCGAGAAGGGUUCUCUGCUUUGGGCCCUCGACAAAACUCAUACUCGCUUCGGCCAGCGUCUCCUCCGCAAGUGGAUCGGCCGUCCCCUUCUCGACCAACAACGGCUCGAAGAGCGCGUGUCCGCAGUCGAGGAGCUUCUGGACAACCAAUCCACCGCCAAGGUCGACAAGCUGGUGGGCAUGCUCAAGUCCAUCAAGGCCGACCUCGAGCGCAGUCUCAUCCGCAUCUACUACGGCAAAUGCACCCGUCCCGAGCUCCUCUCGACCCUCCAAACCCUCCAAAAAAUCUUCCUAGAAUACUCUCGCGUCAAAUCCCCUUCGGACACGGGCUUCUCCUCCCCUUUGCUCACCUCUGCCAUCAUGUCCCUGCCUUCCAUCGGGCCUCUAGUCACCGCACACCUCUCCAAAAUCAACGCCGAAGCCGCCCGCAAAGACGACAAGUACGCCUUCUUCCUCGAGCAGCACGAGACCGACGACAUCUCUGAACAUAAACUGGGCAUAGCAGCUGUGGAGCAAGACCUUGACGAACACCGCUCCGAAGCGGCCAAGGAGCUGGGCAAGAAGUCCCCGAUCAGCUACGUGACCGUGGCAGGAAUUGAGUAUCUCAUCGAAGUGGCCAACACGGACCUCAAGCGCGUCCCGGCCUCGUGGGCCAAGAUUUCCGGAACCAAGAAGGUCUCGAGGUUUCACACUCCUACGGUGUUGAGGUUGAUAGCGGAAAGGGAUCAGCACAAGGAGAGUCUGGCUUCGGCCUGCGAUCAAGCUUUUGCUGAUCUGCUGGCCCAGAUAGCAGGGGAGUACCAACCGCUUCGCGAUGCGGUUUCUUCGUUGUCGACUUUGGACUGCCUUUUGUCGCUAAGCACAGUCGCUGCAUUGCCGGGGUACACCAAACCAACCUUCUUACCGUCUUCCCAUCCUUCUUUCCUAUCCAUCACCGAGGGCAGACAUCCCAUUGCCGAACACCUGUUACCAAACGGGUAUAUCCCUUUUACCAUGUCUCUUGGCACCCCGUCCUCCUCUUCCCCUACCACUACCAGUCCCAGUCCCUCCUCCGGAGGGCCAGCCCUAGCCCAACUAAUCACCGGCCCCAACAUGGGCGGCAAAUCCUCCUACACCCGCGCCGUCGCGCUCCUAGUCUUGCUCGCACAAAUCGGCUCUUUCGUGCCCGCCACCGCCAUGUCUCUGACCCUCUCCGACGCCAUUUUUACCAGGAUGGGCGCCCGCGACAACUUGUUCAAGGGCGAAUCAACAUUCAUGGUCGAAGUCUCUGAGACGGCUAGUAUCCUUCGGCAGGCCACACCAAAAAGCCUGGUGGUGCUCGACGAGCUGGGACGCGGAACGAGUACCCAUGAUGGACGAGCGAUCGCUGGUGCCGUGCUGGAGUAUGUGGUUAGGGAAGUGGGGUGUUUGAUGCUUUUUGUUACUCAUUAUCAGGAUUUGGCGCGGGUGGCUGAUGGUUUAACCGUAGGUGAGGGGGAGGGAGGGGAGAAGAGAAAGGGGGUGGAGUGUGUGCAUAUGCGGUUUGCGAGCAAUAAGGCUUCUUCUAAUUCUAAGGAGGAGGGACCGGGUGAUGAUGAUGCGAUGGAGGUUGAUGCCGAUGGGGCGGCGGAUGAGGAUGAGGAGAUUACCUUCUUGUAUGAUCUAGCGCCGGGCGUGGCGCAUAGGUCUUAUGGAUUAAAUGUUGCGAGGCUGGCGAGAAUACCGAGGAAGGUGUUGGAGGUUGCUGCGAAGAAUUGGAGCAGUUGUUGGGUUUGGUUGAGCAGUUGUAAGUUUGAAGUUGGAAGUUGUAGUGUUUGUUUGGGUUUGGGGCGGUAGGAUAUGGUUAUGGUUUGCAGGCCGUGGCAUGAAAGGCCAAAUGAUGGCUAGAUGUAUAGAGGACCAUGAUGUAUAACAGUAUGACGCGCGAAAGCAGAUAAAGCAAAGGGAGCAAGAACAUGAUCUCCCAACCCAAGACAAGCACGACACCCACUGAAUCACCGAUGGGACGAUACUUGGUUGAUGACAGACGUUGAAUGCUUGGCCGGCAGGCAUCCAGCAGAGGGAAGCGUACCGUACCACCUAUAUAAGGCUCCCUUCCUUACCCGUCAUCCAAAAACCACAGCUGGUAAAUUCAGUGGCUCCGUGGUGUAGUGGUAGCAC